GCAGUAGGUGGCAGUAGCACCUGGAUUUAGUUUUCGUAUCUGGCUGCCUACACACCUCUUUGUCAGUUAAGUCUCCUGAGUUGUUUGGCAUGAGAGGCUGUUCCAGCGCACUGCCCCCCCAGGAGAUGCGUCAUCUGCGCGGACUGUUUUCCCUCCAGCUCUAUUGAGUAUCCAUCUAUACGAAUAAGGAUUUUCCAGUACCCAGAAAGAAAUUUGACCAAUAGAGCCUCGGAACAACAGGAUUCCCAAUCACAAAUUACAAAUCCGAACUCAUUAAAUAACAUGAUAUCUUUGUUCUUUUUGCCUUAGUUUUCAUGUAUAAUCGAGUUUAGAUAAUACUGAAUUUCCUCCUUAUGGACAUUAAAAGAGGGAGGUAGCACCGGAUCAAAUGUUUCGUGCAUAUGAUAUGUAUCUACCAAUUUUUAAUAACAGAUUUAUUAUGAAUACAUUUCCGGUGGUACACCUUACAAAACAAAACAUCAAAGUCCUCACAUCUGAAGUUUUACAUGUCUGCGUAGACUUUGACCGCUCGAGGCUGCGAGAGCCGGUGACGUCACUUCCGAAGACUCUCGGGCGGGUUUUGCGCAGAAGCUGCGCCAGUCCCGCGUGACGCGAGCGCGGCUGUCAGCUCUCCAUUUGCCCAGAUCUCUUACGUCACCGGCUCGAAACCAGCACCGAAAAUAUGGCGGCUGCGGGGCUGUCCAGAGAGCGGUGAAUUGAGGGCGGGAGAGGGGUUAAUUCAUUUUUGAGAGAAAGAACCGAGACUCGGAAUGGGUACAGGAGUUUUCUAACUCCUUUUUCCCCCCACAAUGAAAGAGAGAAAGCCGCUGGGGCAAACUGGAGGGAAUCGAGCCAUUACAGAUUUCUACAGACCCAAAAGUAGUUCAGUGAAAGAUCUCAUCCCGCUUGGUACUCCCCGGCGCCCGAGCAGUGAUGCCAAAGCGGAUAUCUACACCAGACCAGGCAUCCGGCCCUCUGAUCCCCCUAUGAAACCCAGACCAAGUGACACUCUCCCAAGGCAGAGUGUGCCCACCAGAAGCCCGGUCACAGAGCAGUUCAGUAGAACUACACUUCAGGAUGAUACACCGCCAAGCUGUGGGUCCACAGGAAGACAUGCCAAAGUCCCCAGCGUGGUUGUGAAAAAGGUCCAUCUUCCUACUUCAUAUUCGUCGUUCAAAGUUGGAGAGAAUGACAAGAUCACCCCCUUCUCCCCGAAGGCAGAGCCGUCUGUCCACAGGAAUGGCCAUUGUGGUGGCAUGAAUGGAGAGGAGAUGAUCAUCCAGGUGGGACCCGAGCGAAGGAGCCCCAGUAGCACCGUCUUGGACGAGUACCACAGAGAAAGGAAGGAGAGGUGGAGGCUGAAGAGGUAUCACCAGUCAACGGCCAGCCCUGGGUCGCCUCACCGCUGGGUCAGUCAGCAUGAGUUCUUCUCUUCUGAAAAUGGGUCGUUAGAACACAAGAGAUUAUCUUCUGUUUCUAGCAAAUCUCCAGAUGGCAGUUCAGCUCUGUCUCCGAAGACUGCAGAGACUUUGCCGUGUGUAAAUAAGCUGCCUACAAAGAACAUCAAGAAACGUCUGUUCUGUUCUCCCUCCCCUGACCGUCACUCCCUGCCCUCAGUGGAGACAUUUCAUGGGAAGAGGAAGAGAGACCUGGUCUCGGAUGCCGACGGCAGGGAGGGAAAGAAGCCUUGUCUCUCAGAAUCUAGCAGAGGAGGCAGCGAUGUGACCAAAUCCAAUAACUUGAGGCCGGAUUUUGCCAAGACAGUGACGCCUUCCCACAGAGCUGCUGGCAGGCCAGCCCCUGUGGCGAAGUGUGCCAGCUGGGAGAAUGAGCACUCUUCUGCCCGCUCCCUGCCCAGUGCGAGAGAGAGUCACGGGAUUAACAGGGAGAUGAAGGAGAACCAUAGAUCCCUUUCUGAUGCCCUGAAACGAAAAGCAAAACCUAUCGACCAUAAAGAGUUGAAAACUGUUUUGUUGCGUCGGAUGGCUAAAGUGAGCAAAGGGGGAUCGAGCCCUUCUUCCAGAGAGGAGGGCCCCAGGCGGCAUUCAAAUGUAGGCACUGGAGACCGCGCUGUCACACAGGGGACCAGCUCCCGGCUGUCUCUCUCCAGCCCCGAGCACUGCCAUGGUAAUAACGACAGAGUAAAAGGGUCUUUGGGCGAGACUUUGCACAAGGGUUUGUUGCUUUCUCCCUCUGCCCUAAAGUCAGGACAGAGCCCUCCACCUCUGACCCAGCACUGCCAUUCACCAGAUCCUGAGCAGGACUCUCCUGGUGGCAAUUCCAGUUCUUCUCCAGGAAAAAGCAAUGGUAGUACUUUAGAGACUGAGGAUCCUUCCACGACGCCACGCCCCCUUUCUGCCAGCACGGAGCACCAGGGCGGCCAAGGGAGAGGCUCCGAGGAUAGGGCUUCUUUGGAAGAGUGGUGGGAAAGCAUGGACAUGAGUGUGAGCACCUGCCUGCCCAGCAGUGAUAGCGAGAGUGAGGAUGAGGGCCUGUUGUCUCUGGAGGAGCUCCUGGCCAGGAGCACCCGGCCCCCGGCCACACCAGAGAGGAGCUCCUACUCCGAGCCAAGCACGCCUGUGUCCUCUGCACCGGACCUGCUGGCCAACACCCGACCGUUAAGUUACAAAAACAGCCUGGAGCGCCUGCUGAAGGAAAAAGAGCAAGACCAGAGGGUGAAGGACAUUGAGAUGAAAUUAAUACUGUCCUGCAAGGAGGACAUCCUGAAGCUGACAGAGGAGGUAGAGAGUGGUGCUGACGAAGAGGAGAGUAUAUUGCAAGAGCACAGGGAUUUUGUCCAGAAGUUUUCCAUUAUUCCCAACGCCAUUCCCGAUCUGCAUCCAGGAGAGGAGAUCUUCACGCUGUCAAAUUUCGGGAAGCUCUUCAACCAGCACAGCCUGGACCUCAGGAAAUGUGGAGUGAUUCUGCAGAAUGACACCCAGAAAAUCUUUAUGCAAGUCGGGCCUGAUGAGCAGACCUUCCUCAUCAGCCUGGGCCUGUUGUCAACGGCCUACCACACUGUGCCCUGCCACCCCACCAUGUCUAGAUGGCUGUUCAAGAUGAUGUCUGUCCAUCCAGACAGGAGGAUUUCUACACAGAUCCUUUGUGGGAUGAAGGACAUAGCUGUUCAUGCUGCUUGUCAGAUAGUGGAAAGGAAAAGCCGAAGGUUCCUAGUCUGGACACCCUCCAUUCAGGAUGUGCUGAUGGUCUUCCUCAACAUGGGAGCCUCCUUCGCCAGUCUCUUCCCCCUGGAGACCCUGCAGCCCAACUUCUCUGAGGGGGACCUUAUACCUGAGGUGAACACCAGGACAAAAGAUUUGGCAAAUGGCAAGGAACACUGUCUGAACUUCUUUCCAGAGCACAACUUUGUUAAUGUAAUCAAGUACCUGGUGGUGUGCACCUCGCUGUGCCCUAAGGCCUACAGUGACCGGGAGCUGCUGCUGCUACUGUCUGUCGUGUGUAGGGUGAGCCUGGAGAAACAGCUCUGCCUGCUCCCCGUGAAGAACGUGAGCUGUCUACUGCACUACCUGCUCAAGAACAUGAGGGACUGGGACACUCAGGCCUAUUACCUCUGCAGCAGCCUGCUGGCCUUAACAAAUGAAGUGUCUAAUUAUGAUUCCAUUCCUCCUGAACAGAGGGAUCAGCUGCGGAUCCUGUCCGCUGAACUGGACAAACACAUCAAGUGUGAUAUCAGGGAGAGUGAUAAGCUCCUGUACAGGAGCAAGGUAAAGGACUUUGUUGCUCGGAUCUACACAAGGUGGCAAGUUCUCCUUCAGAAAUCCAGACCUCAGCAGGGCAAGCUGUAUGACUACUGGGAGCCUCCACCAGAGGAUGCCGUGCCACACAGUAUCGAGGAAGAGGAAGAGCAGAAAGAGCUGCUCACCACAGAAGACUCACCGCAGAUGGGACUGGAGGAAGCUGGUGCAAGCCCUGUGGAGGUCGAGAGGUCUCUUCCCUCAUGCGGACUUGAUCAUUUCUUCUAAGUAAUUACCUUCUGAACAGGGGCGACACAGUUGAACACUUGUUUUAAAAACUUAAGGGCUCUGACAGACUGGUGCCUUAACACAUGUUGGACUCUCACCACCAUUCCGUCUUCUUAGCAGCUCUGUGUUUUGUACCCUUUGUCAUGUAAACUUCAUUUACUCUUCACUUUCAGGUGUUGAGGGCAUAAUGUCCUGCACAGGCACUGCAUGGCUUCAGGCAUCUGUGUGGUGCCAGCAGCCUCAGUGUCGAGUUGGGUGUUUGCUUGGGACAGGUCCCACACAUCACUCAAAUUAGAAUCCAAAUCCGGCAGUGCUCAAUAGCUAUUGUUUUUUUCUACUCUCAAAUUUUAGAACAUGUAUUGUCAAAACUAAAGCCUAUACAUAUACAGCACUAUACAGAGCUAUGACAAUAUUCAAAAUUUUAACUUAUAGCCAGGGAUGUAUUUGGUUCUACUUUUUGGUGAACCAGGUGCUUGCCUCAUUCCUGAAAAUCUGCUUGUUCAGUCCCAUCUGAUUGCCAGCUGGAUAGCUACUGAGAAACAUGCACAUUUACUUUUUUAUGCUGUCAUGAACUUUCAUCAUAAUAUAUUGUAUAUGUAAAACAGGGAAAAUUGCACAUUUAUCUUUCCCAUAUUAUGGACCAAUGCAAUAGAUUUAUAAAUUAACAAUGAAUAGUCAGGACUGCUCUCCUGCCUCUCUGAUCUUCUAAGUGUCACAGCCACUUAUUUUUGUAAGCUUUUAGUUUAACUUAAUUUGUGUUGAUUUAUUUCACUUUGCUGGCCUCCCCUGCAGUGUAGUGAUGCCAACAUAGUGUAGAUAGUAAUUAUUCAAGACCCACCAGACACGUUCAAGAGUUAACAAGACUAGGCAAUAUCUAGAGCUAAUACUAGUUAAACUAGCAUUCAGUUAUCAUAAGCAUUUAUUUUGUAAGCCGAAAAUAUUGAACUCUUUAUAGUUGACUCUUUCUGUUUUUUAUAUAUUUUCAUUUAUUUUUGUCUUAUAGUCUAUGCUAAAUGCAACCAACAUUGUAGUCUUUGAGAUUGUGAAUAUCCAUGGAUAUAAAUGUGUCUUAGAGCACUGAACUGUUACUUUCAGGAUGUUGGAGUUCUCUCUGAACGCUGUUUCUUGAAAGCUGAAUUGAUGCUUUAGAGGCCUGGUGAGAAAAUCAAGAUGUGUAACUAGCCUUUAGGUGUUUGUAGUGUGCGUGAGAAGCACCUGGUCUGUGUUGUUCUCAACAGAGGUACCAGGAAAGCUCCCUGAUGGGAGGAACACACAACGUCAGAUUCCUAACAAGUACAUCGAUUAAGGUUUUUACUUUUUGUCUAGAGCAGAAAACUAGUCUGUAUUUUCCAAUAAGCUGUGAAUCUUUUAUAGUGUGGGCAUAAUAUUAAUUUAAAGGAUAACAGUCCUAUGAAAUACAUUGGAAAGAGUUUUAAAGCCUUAAUAUUAUGAUCAAAUAAUAGGAUUGAGGAAAUUUAACACAUCAAAGGUCGCUAAAUUGACAUUAUAUUACACUGACAUUGCAUUCCUAUAUCAAUAGUAUGAAUGCCAAGCUUUGUGCAGGAUAGCUUCCUCACUGCAGGGGUAUCGGACAAAGUCUUGUUUUCUCUCCGUGCAGCACAGAUCUGUUUGAGCGCCUCUUCUGUUUUAUGUCCCUUUUUUUAGAAUGAGUCCCAGUUGGUACAAGGACUAUGGGCUGCUUUUGUGUACAUUUUGAACCACUGCACUUUGAAUCUUUAAAUUGUUCCAUUUUUUUUAAAAAAAAGCUUUAUUUUAGCCCCAAAGUGUGACGAGAGUUGUAGCACACUUUAAGCCAUGCUGCUGUUAUUUACUGCAUAUUUUUUAUUUAUGUGUGUAUAUUUGGCUAUACCAGAAAUCUUUAAACUCUUCUACCUUGAAAAGUUAGAAAUGUUUUUUAAAGUUUUUCUAAAUGUUUUGGUGUGUCCUAAGUAGUGGAUGGAGAGGUUCUAUCUAGAUAAUACUUUUGAUAAAUGAGAGUUAGUACUUAUUUUUAUGUUCUGUAAUAGUUACAUCCUAUGUGUCUCAAAUUCUUGGAAUCUGCAAAGAGGUGGGGGGAGGGUGGCAUUCAUUCCCCCACAUCAGGAACGAAGGUUAUUUUCCUAAAGAGAACUCAAACACAGCCCCUGUUGAGGGAAGUAUAUUGACUUCGUUUUUUGAAUGUAUUCACUGCAAUGUUUGACUUUUUUUUGUUAAGCACACAAUGGUCAUCUGCCUUUUUUGACCCCACUAAUACCUUCAAUAUCUGUCUCUGAACUGCAUAGAUGUAAGUAAACACCUGACUUCCACUGCAAGAGUCUUGUCCUUUCAGAGCUUUUUUCCUGCCUAGUUUCCAAGCAAAGACAAUAGCAAUGCACUACGCCUCAAUGCAAACUGAAUGUAAACUGAAUUGUUAAACAUAUUUAUUUGACAGAGCAUCACUGGCAAUAUCUCAUCAGCCUUGUGUCCUCAUGUAGUAGCACCUGCAUUGUCAUUGUUGUAUGUGGAAAUGGGGCCUAUGUUUGAAUUGUUAAGUUAAGCAAGAUUCUACUUUUGUCAGGACAAUAGUUCCUAUAAUGUAUAAUGUCUUUAAAUGGAAAAGUUUUUGGAUUUCCCUAUAUUUAUGCAGCCUUUUGGGUUUGUUUUUUUUACAAGGUAUGGAAUUAAAAGUUUCACAAUGUC